AUCGCACAAUCCAAGUACGCAUCGAUCGAUGUGUAGCAAUACUACCUAGCACUUCCAUCGAAAGCAUCGCGUUAGUCGCGUUUUAUUAAGAUUAAGAAAACAGGCCUGGUCGAUGGCAGGAUGAGCGGUAUCAGCAUUACAGGAUACGACAUCAUCGAACAGAUCGGCAGCGGUGCCUAUUCGGAAGUGUAUCACGUGCGCUGUCGGCGAUCGGGCAAAUCCUAUGCGGCCAAACAUCUGAUCGAUGCGUGCUCGGACUUGAAUUGCGAUGUGGCCUUUCCCGAAAUUCAGCUCAUGAAAUGUGUGCCCAGCCAUCCGAACAUUAUGCACAUUUUCGAUUACGUAUUUGAGAAAUGCAGUCUAACGCUAAUAAUGGACCUGAUGGACAUGAGCCUGUACGAGUACAUGCAGACCCGGUCGCGGCCAUUUUCGGAGGCCCGUGUCCGAAAGAUGCUGUACCAGAUCGUGCUGGGGCUGGAACAUUUGCAUCAAAACGACAUAUUCCACCGGGAUGUGAAGCCGGAGAAUAUAUUGGUAAAAUUUUGCGAUGGAAUCGUAGGCAGACGUGAAAUUCUACAGCUGGCAGACUUUGGAAGUGCGGCACGCAUCACGAACCGUCCACCGUUUGCGAUCUACAUAGCGACCCGCUGGUAUCGGGCACCGGAAUGCAUGCUAUCGUUGGGACAUUAUGGGCCCAAGAUGGACGUUUGGGCCGUGGGAUGCUGUUUCUACGAAAUGCUCACCCUGAAGCCACUGUUUCAAGGUGAAAAUGAGCUCGAAAUGUUGGACGCGAUACAUACGCUGCUCGGCUCCCCGUCCGGCCAGGUGCUCGAGCGCUUCAAACCAUUGAACGUGAACAAUUUAAAGUUUCCGAGCCGGCGAGGAAUAGAGCUGCGGCUUCAUCUUCCGCUGUUGAACGCGAUCGGAAUCGAUUUGAUGAAGCGGAUGUUGGUGUACUGUCCGGAUCGGCGUAUCAGCGCAAAGAAUCUGGUCAAGCACGUUUACUUUGAGGAUAUGUUGAAACGAAAAAAGCUAUCGAAAUUUUCAUUGAGCCAUCAGAGCAUCCAGUAUGUUGGGAAUGAGCCGAGCACCGGCCACGCCAGGCAGCCGUCCCAGGCAAAAAGCAAUGUAAAGCACCAAAAGAUACCGGGAUCGUCGGUUUCGAGCGUCGCCAGCUACCAGACGAACAACACCUUCCACAUCCUUUCGGUCGAGGAGCAAAAGAGGAUAAACAAGAAGAAGGAGCGCAUGUGGAACAUGAACCCGGCCAGCAUGGAAAAGCAAAAGCACACGUUCAGAACGGCCCGCAAGCAGAUGAAGCUGGUCGAUGGCAAGUGGUCUGUUUGGUCGUAAACACUUUUUAUUUGAUACACGUUUUGUUUUGUCACAUUUACAGCUAUUUACAAAAAAAAGUUGCUAUCGUUUUGUGCUUUGAGGCUUCUUUCCUUGUUUUUUCCCUACGCAUAUAAACGCUAAAUGACUCGCGGA